AAGAAAUACAGGGCAUAAUAAACAAAUAUACGGAAAAUCAGGAAAGUAGGCGGGGGAGGGGUGUGUGUGUCUGGGUGUGCAAUAAUUUUCACGAGUGGGCCAUAUACAGUUCUUUCAUAACUUAGUUUUCUUGCAACCACUGAACAAUGGAUGAAAAGACUUUGAGAGAUGCAAAAAUGAGUCAUUUUUCCAACAUUUUUGACCAAUUUUGUCAAAUGAGAGAAGAAAAGAAGUUCUGUGACUUCAUAAUCAAAGUUGGUUCUGAAGAAUUUCAUGCUCACAGGUAUGUUUUGAGUUCGGCAUCUCGUUUUUUCAAAGCUAUUUUCUCCGAUGAUCCGAAAGUUAAAGAAACUGGCAUCUUAGAAUUGAACGACGUCCACCCAGAUGUCAUAAAAGAAUGCCUUGAUUUUACAUAUAUGAAGGAAACUCCCUUUUCUAGUGAUAAAUUUGAAGAAUUGCUCUACGUUGGUACAAGACUACAAUUGGAUUAUUUUUGUGCAGCCGUUGCUGGAACCCUCGGAAAAAAUUUAACACUCGAUUCAUUCCUUUUUACAAUGAGAAUGUCGAAAUUAUAUAAUAACGGAAAAAUUGAAGAUGACUGUAACCAAUUUGCUGCAGAAAAUUUGAGGGAGCUGGCAGAAUUGGAUGACUUUAAUUUACUUGAUGAAUGUUCCGUCACACAAAUUUUAAAAAUUAAGAAUUCUUACUUUACUGAAGAAUUGAGAUUACAUGCUCUUCUAAAAUGGACUAAAUUCGACGUUGAUUAUCGCGGAAAAUAUUUCGAAGAUAAUUGUCAAGAUAUUAUAGCUAUAGAAGAAAUACAUUGUGGAUACAAAAAAUAUCUCCUGCAAAAUGAAUCUCUAAUAAAUGGAAGUAAAACACUAUUGUCAGCAUUUAGUUUAACUGAAUCAGAUUUUCAGGGCGCGAAUCCUAUUGAUUUUGCUGAAUUUCAAUUUCUGAAUCAACUUGUUCUAGUUUUAACAAGUACAUGAGGUGAAAAUUAUAUGUACCAUACCAUAUAUCCUCACAUAUACCCCCCUAAAAACAGUGUAAUUAUAAAAAUUUGUGUAUAAGCUGAACCUACAAAUCGUAACACGCAGUAAGCACCUAUCACAGCAAAUGGUUGAAAAGGAAAUUAAUGAGAAUGAUAAUUGUUAUGUUUUACUUUCAUUAAUAUUGGUAAGUGUCUCAAAAUCCUUUAACCCUCACUAUCACUGUCAAACCCUUCAGUGCGAUCGGAGUUUUGCACGUGCCACCCCCCUUAGAAUUACGUCACCCCCUUAGCUUGACAACUUUUUUUUGAGUUUUAAACUUUCCUUGUAAGCGAUGAUAUACUGUUAUAAUAUUAUAUCCAUUUUACUGUGGUACUUUGGUAUGCGGUUUUGUGAUAUCUGUGAUUCUAGUUUGUGUUUGGAACUGAAUUCUAUUAAAAUGCUUUUAUGAGAUUAAACCACAAGUCAACAAACUUUAGCAUUAAAAGAGCUACCGGUAUUUGGCAUCCUUGCCGUCAAACUUAAACCUAUUUGGAGCCGUAACAUCUACUUUAAUGUCAGUCAACUUUCGGAAAACAACUUAUGAUACAAUAAUUUAGUUCAUAAUGAAAUAAGAAGAACUUGGAAAUGGGAAAAUAGUUUGUUUUGACAGAUUUGAAUCAUGUUAAUGUGACCUACUUUUACUGCUCUUGACCUAUUCCUGCUGUGAUGUGUAAUUAAUAGUAAUUGACUUUUAUUAACGAAAGAGG